AUGGCGUCUACAGAGACAGCUCAGUUGCCGCCGGCGGCACUCCGACAGUCCAACUUCGAACAAGCAGUGGCAUGCGCCCUGCACCUAUGGCCGGCCCUGACCCUCGCGGUGCAGAAUAACUGGGGAGGACCCGACUCUGCAGACAAACGGGACUGGUUUGCAGGUGCCGUCGUCGAUCUGUUUUCAGAAUUUGCCGAUGCGCAGCCCGGAGAGACUGCAAAGACCAGCGCCGCUGAGGAGCCAGAUAUGGAAGAUGUCGAGACGGUGCUGCUACAAGUAAUGAUCGACGAGUUUGAGGUCAACAUCGACGACGAUUCUGCUUUGGAUGUUGCUAGAUCCAUUGUCAAAGCGAGAUCCGAAUGCGCCAUCGGCGAAUUCAAUGACGAGGUCAAGAAGCUGAGCGAGCGGUUCGCGAAUCGCAAGGGCACCAAGGUGGAUCAGAUGUUCAAGCAAGCCGAGGACCAGGACCAGGAUACCGACUGGGAGUCUGGCGACAGUGGCGAGGACGAUGAGGACAACGAAGGCGAUGUGGACAUGGACGAGGCGCCACCUCUGGCACCCGUCCCCAAGGAAAAGCCUGCUCCUGAGAUUGACGAGGACGGCUUCAUCAAGGUCACCAAGAAGAAGAGGUAAACCUUGAAUAGCACAGAAAACAUGGGGGGAGCAAGCUAUCGCUGUGGGGGAGCAUCCAAAUCGGCAUAAUCCAAAACACAAAAUACACGCCGCUGC